UGCGUGUGUUUAUAUGCAUCGUUGUCUUCCCAGCCUGCGCGUCCCGUAUGCUCCGUCGAUUCUGACCACCUGCUAGUCUGAUCUCGCUCCUUGCUCGUUCCAGAAUCUCCGCCGGGGCGGUGACGCUCGUGAUGCUACAACGGCCCUAUAAAUGGAUCCACUGCUUCUUGCCAGAAGUAACUUUCCUUUCCAAGGAUGAUCACGAAGUGGACCCCAGUAGGUGUCCUCUCCCCGAGUGCCUCCAGCUACGUCGGGGCCGCCGUCCUUGCCUGUGUGGCCCUCUGGCUUGUCUACGCCAGCUGGGCCCGUUUCAAGGGAUUCCGCCGCUAUCCCCCUGGGCCGCGGCGUCUCCCGUUCAUUGGCAACUUGCUUCAACUGCCCCCGCAUUAUCAGCACUUAACGUUCAUGGACUGGGGGAAGCAGUACGGUGACGUCAUCUACGCCCGCUUCUUCAGCACGCCCGUAAUCGUCCUCAAUUCCAUUGAUGCAUGCCGUGCGCUUAUGGACAAGAAAGGCGCCAAGUACUCUGGCCGCCCGCCGUUCACCUUCCACAACGAGAUAAUCGAAUGGAGGAACCUGGUGCUGAUGCAAUACACGGACCAAUGGCGCCGUCACCGGAGGUGGUACCGCGCGGCGUUUGAGAGCAAGGCCGUUGUCGACACCUAUCGGCCCCUGCAGAUGUCUGAGGCGCACAAGCUCCUCGCCGAUCUGCUCCAGAACCCCGAGCAGUUCAUGCUCCACAUCAAAAAAUAUGCCGUGGCAAUCAUCAUGGGUCUCGGCUAUGGCAUCUCUAUUUCGUCCAUGGACGACGAGUUCAUCCAGCACGUCGACCAUGCAGUAGAGUCGGUAUUCCAGUCGGGCGGCCCGGCGGCCCUGCUCGUCGAUUUCUUCCCCAUUUUGAAGUAUUUGCCCGCUUGGAUGCCGGGAGCUGGCUUCAAACGCUUGGCCAGACAGGUUCAAGGCUCGAUCCGGGACAUGGAGUACAUACCGCUCAGACGCGUGCAGAAGGCGAUGGCAGCCGGCACCGUGAAACCAUCAAUCGCGUCUUCGAUCCUGGAAGAAACAAUGAAGGACGGGAGGCUGAGCGUUGCAGACGAGCGCGAGAUUGCGUCCGCAUUGGGAGCGUUGUACGCAGCUGGAACUGACACGACCGCAACCACCACCCAAUGUUUCAUGCUUGCGAUGGUUCUGAACCCAGAGGUGCAAAAGAAAGCGCAGGCUGAGUUGGACCGCGUGGUGGGUAACUCGCGGCUCCCUGACAUCGGCGACCGAGAUGCGCUGCCGUACCUGGACGCGAUCAUCAUGGAGGUUUACCGGUGGUGCGCUCCUGUUCCUCUCGGCGUACCUCACCAACUGCUCGAAGAGGACGAGCAUAUGGGCUAUAGGAUGCCUCGGGGAUCGACGGUGUUUUCCAACAUUUGGGCGAUGACGCGCGACGAGCAGCACUACGCCGACCCCGAGCGCUUCGACCCCGAGCGUUUCCUGGACGUCACCGACGAGUCUGACUUCAGCGACCCUCGCAAAUACGUUUUUGGCUUCGGCCGACGGAUAUGCCCUGGCCGCUUCCUAGCGGACGCGAGCAUCUGGCUCGCGGCAGCCAACAUCCUCGCGACCCUAGACAUCCGGAAGGCCCGCACACCCACGGGCGAAGAGAUCACUCCAGAGGUGCAGUUCGCAUCCGGCUCCGUGAGCCACCCUAAGCCGUUCGUCUGCAACAUCCGUCCACGGUCCAGCAAGAGCAACGAGCUCGUCUUGCGCGCGCUCCGCGCGGACCGUUCCGCCUAGAAUGGUGCUAAUGUUAUUCUCAUGCUCAUCUAACGUACCCUACCGACGCUUCUCCGUAUAGUCCCAGUCCCUAGGCUUGAGGCGACUGCACUCUGACCACUGGUACUAGUAGUA